CCGCACCCUGCUGGCACCCGCUGGCUGCCCGCCUGCCUCGGAGCGCGCGCCCGAGCCCGUCCCCGCCGCUGGGAGCGGCUCUGAUCGGCUGCGCCCUGCUUGAGCGGGCGCGGGAGGACGCGUCCGGGAUCCCGGCGGGUGCGGGAGGGCAGCGGGGCGAGAGCGGUUCGGUCCGUGGGUUUUCGGGUCACCAGAGCCGCCUGCCGCUGCUCACUCGGCUGGAAAGUUCUGUGGGCUCUAUCGGGAGCGGCGUGAAGGCCGGGAAGGAAAUAGCAAAAUCUUUGUGGACUUCAUCUGAAUCAGGGGCCCAGAUGAGCUUAAAGAAACUGGAACUGAACCCGUCGCUCUUUGGGCUCCACACCCACUGAAGCCCCCUCCAUGCCAGCCCCCGAGUCUCCCGGCCUGUGGAGUGCACUGCUGUGUGAUGGGAAAGCGAAGGACUCUGUCACUGGCCUCAGGGUCAUCUAAAGCGAACUGACAGGGAAGCAGAUAGUGCAGCCAUGGAGAAGAAUUCAAGCUUAUGGAAAAGCCUGGUGACUGAACACCCACUCUGCACCACCUGGAAGCAAGAGGCCGAAGGGGCCAUUUACCACCUCGCCAGUAUCUUGUUUGUAGUAGGUUAUAUGGGUGGCAGUGGAUUCUUUGGGCUCCUUUAUGUCUUCAGCUUGCUGGGGCUGGGUUUCCUCUGUUCUGCGGUCUGGGCGUGGGUGGACGUCUGUGCCGCUGACAUAUUUUCCUGGAAUUUUGUGCUGUUUGUCAUCUGCUUCAUGCAGUUCGUUCACAUCGCGUAUCAAGUUCACAGCAUAACCUUCGCCCGAGAUUUCCAUGUGUUGUACAGCUCGCUCUUCAAGCCCCUGGGGAUCCCUUUGCCCGUCUUCAGAACAAUUGCUCUGAGCUCUGAAGUGGUUAGUUUGGAAAAGGAGCACUGUUACGCCAUGCAGGGGAAAACCUCCAUUGAUAGACUCUCCGUUCUCAUCUCAGGAAGAAUCAGAGUGACAGUCGAUGGCGAAUUUCUGCAUUAUAUUUCCCCCUUUCAGUUCCUGGAUUCUCCUGAGUGGGAUUCGCUAAGACCCACAGAGGAAGGCAUUUUUCAGGUAACUCUCACAGCAGACACCGAUUGCCGAUAUGUGUCUUGGAGGAGAAAAAAAUUGUAUCUACUCUUUGCGCAGCAUCGGUACAUCUCCCGCCUGUUUUCAGUUUUAAUUGGCAGUGACAUUGCAGAUAAACUCUAUGCCUUGAACGACAGGGUGUACAUAGGGAAGAAACAUCACUAUGAUAUUCGGUUACCCAACUACUACCAGAUGUCAACUCCAGACUUGUCCAGAUCACCCCUAACAGAACAGUUCCGGAAUUCCAGACAACAUUGUAACAAAUGACAUCAAAACCUGAAGUUGUGUGACUGCUGCAAAAAAAGACUUCAUCAUUCCCCCCCCCCCAGACAAUUCAGAAUCAAGAUGCCAUUGCCAGCUGUUUACUAAUUCAUUUUAACUUCUGCAUUGCAAAUAAAAUUUAAAAAUUUUCAUGUAUUCCUUACUGUUAUAAUGGGAGAUGAAUACGGAUGGGCAGUUUGCCCCUUUUCUGCAUCAGAACUGAAAGAAUGUGAUUUUGUAUUCUCUGAUAUUUCCCCCAAUGUGCUGCCUGGUACUGUUGGCACGGGAGAAGCAGCUAACAAAUGUCAGCAUGAGAGCGGGUUGCUAUGGUCCACAGACCCAUUUCUAGAAUCUGCUUUUCUGGGACAAUCUCUGAUGAAUGUAAGUUACAUUGUUGUUGUGGGAAGCAAUUUCUUUUAUAUGUGAAGUUCUUUGACGGGACUAAACAGAAGAAUAAAUGUAAGAAACAAUAACAUGCCAAUUUGAAGAUGACUUUCUUGCUACAAACAAAUCCUGAGCUUACACUUUACAAUUACUAA